AUGCAUGCCACUAAUUCCAGGGGACACUCCCCUGCUUUCCUGCAAUCUCAGAAUGGAAACAGCCAUCGUUCAUCUGGCUAUGUUCCAGGGAAGGUUGUCCCACUGCGUCCCCCUCCUCCUCCAAAGAGCCAAGCUUCAGCCAAAUUUACCUCCAUCCGACAGGAAGCCCAGGCCAGCUUUGCUUUUUCAUCUGAGGAACAGCAAGUCCAGAGAGAUCGCCGAAAGCAGAAGAGGCACAAAAAUACUUUCAUUUGCUUUGCUAUUACUAGUUUUUCAUUUUUUGUUGCACUUGCAGUCAUUUUAGGAAUAUCCUCAAAAUAUGCUCCAGAUGAGAAUUGCCCAGAUCAAAACCCCCGUCUCAGGAACUGGGAUCCAGGACAAGAUUCUGCAAAACAAGUUGUUAUCAAGGAAGGAGAUAUGUUUCGUCUGACCUCAGAUGCCACAGUGAAUUCUAUAGUUAUUCAGGAUGGAGGACUGCUUGUGUUUGGGGAUGAUAAAGAUGGAUCCAGAAAUAUUACUUUGAGGACUCGUUACAUCCUGAUCAAGGAUGGUGGGGCGCUUCAUAUUGGAGCAGAAAAAUGCCGCUAUAAAUCCAAAGCGACAAUUGCCUUGUAUGGCAAGUCAGAUGAAGGUGAAAGUAUGCCAACAUUUGGCAAAAAAUUUCUUGGUGUGGAAGCCGGUGGGACACUGGAAUUACAUGGGACACAGAAGGCGUCAUGGACAUUGUUGGUGAGAACUCUGAAUGCUUCAGGCUUGACCUUUGGCUCCUAUGCCUUUAAAAAGGACUUCUCCAGGGGCCUCAAUGUGAGGGUCAUUGAUCAAGACACAGCCAAAAUUUUGGAAAUUGAGAGAUUUGAUACCCAUGAAUCCCAAAAUGAAAGUAGGCGUCUUCAGAAAUUCCUGAGAGACCAGGAUCCAGGGCGGAUUGUUGCCAUAGCUGUUGGAGAUUCAGCUGUUAAAAGCCUUUUACAAGGAACCAUACAGAUGAUCCAGGACCGGCUGGGAAGUAAGCUGAUCCAAGGGCUGGGCUACAGGCAAGCUUGGGCUUUGGUUGGUGUCAUUGAUGGUGGCAGUACUUGCAAUGAAUCUGUAAGAAACUAUGAGAAUCAUAGUAGUGGAGGGAAGGCUCUCGCCCAAAGAGAAUUUUAUACUGUGGAUGGUCAGAAGUUCUCUGUGACAGCUUAUAGUGAAUGGAUUGAAGGUAUUUCUUUUUCAGGUUUCCGGGUAGAGGCCAUAGAUGGAGUAAAACUGCACCUGCUGGAUGAUGUUAGUAGCUGGGAACCCGGAGAUCAGAUUGUGGUCGCAAGCACAGACUAUUCCAUGUACCAAGCAGAGGAGUUUACUCUUCUCCCCUGUCCUGAGUGCGGCCGCUUCCAGGUCAAAGUCAAAGAAACGCCUCAGUUCCUGCACAUGGGUGAGAUUAUAGAUGGUGUAGACAUGAGAGCUGAGGUUGGAAUUCUUACCCAGAAUAUUGUCAUCCGAGGAGAAAUGGAAGACUCAUGCUAUGCUGAAAAUCAGUGUCAGUUCUUUGAUUAUGAUACCUUUGGAGGACAUGUCAUGAUAAAGAAGAAUUUUACUUCGGUCCAUCUUUCUCACGUGGAAUUGAAACACAUGGGUCAGCAGCACCAGGGGCGGUAUCCUGUUCAUUUUCAUCUAUGUGGAGAUGUGGAUUCCAGAGGAGGGUACAGGCAUGCAGCAUUUGUGGAUGGCCUGUCCAUUCAUCACAGCUUCUCGAGGUGCAUCACUGUGCAUGGGACAAAUGGCUUGCUGAUAAAAGACACCGUCGGAUUUGACACACUGGGUCAUUGUUUCUUUCUGGAAGAUGGUAUUGAACAGAGAAAUACUUUGUUCCACAAUCUGGGACUCCUCACCAAACCAGGCACACUUCUUCCCACGGAUAGGAAUAACUCCAUGUGCAUCACCAUGAGGGAAAAAGUUUUUGGAAAUUAUAUCCCUGUGCCUGCCACUGACUGUAUGGCUGUUUCAACUUUCUGGAUUGCUCAUCCCAACAAUAAUCUGAUUAAUAAUGCAGCUGCAGGCUCACAGGAUGCUGGAAUAUGGUAUUUAUUCCACAAGGAACCUACGGGGGAAUCCAGUGGAUUGCAGCUCUUAGCAAAACCAGAACUCACUCCACUGGGAAUAUUUUAUAACAACAGGGUCCAUUCAAGUUUUAAGGCUGGCUUAUUUAUUGACAAAGGUGUCAAAACAACCAAUGCUAGUGCUGCUGACCCAAGGGAGUACCUCUGUUUGGAUAACAGUGCAAGGUUUCGGCCUCAUGAGGAUGCAGACCCUGAGAAGCCACGUGUUGCUGCUUUGAUUGACAGGCUCAUUGCUUUUAAAAACAAUGACAACGGAGCUUGGGUUAGAGGCGGAGACAUUGUUGUUCAGAAUUCAGCAUUUGCAGACAAUGGAAUAGGACUGACCUUUGCCAGUGAUGGAAGCUUCCCAAGUGAUGAAGGUUCCAGCCAAGAGGUAUCUGAAUCUCUCUUUGUUGGGGAGAGCAGGAAUUACGGCUUUCAGGGUGGUCAGAACAAGUAUGUAGGCACUGGAGGGAUAGACCUGAAGCCUCGGACAUUACCUAGGAACAGGACAUUUCCAAUUAGAGGCUUUCAGAUCUAUGAUGGGCCCAUACAUCUCACCAGGUGCACUUUCAAAAAAUAUGUGCCAACUUUAGAUAGAUAUACCAGUGCUAUUGGCUUCCUCAUGAAGAAUUCCUGGCAGAUAACCCCCAGAAAUAACAUCUCCCUCGUGAGGUUUGGUCCACAUGUCUCUCUUAAUGUAUUCUUUGGAAAGCCUGGCCCGUGGUUUGAAGACUGCGAGCUCGAUGGUGAUAAGAACUCCAUAUUCCAUGACAUUGAUGGCUCUGUGACAGGAUACAGGGAUGCUUAUGUGGGAAGAAUGGACAACUACCUGAUCCGCCAUCCAAGCUGUGUAAACGUUACCAAAUGGAAUGCAGUGGUGUGCAGCGGGAGCUACGCCCAGGUCUAUGUGCAGACAUGGAGCACUCCGAAUCUGACUAUGACCAUCACACGAGAUGAGUAUCCAGACUACCCUAUGGUGCUCCGAGGAAUUAACCAGAAGGCCGCUUUCUCGCAGUACCAGCCCGUGAUCAUGCUGGAGAAGGGCUACACCAUCCACUGGAAUGGGCCAGCACCCAAGACUGCUUUUCUAUACCUCAUAAACUUCAACAAGAAUGACUGGAUUCGAGUUGGUCUCUGCUAUCCAUCAAACACAAGUUUUCAGGUUACCUUUGGCUUUUUACAGCGGCAUAAUGGCUCGUUAUCCAGAAUGGAGGAGUAUGAGGCUGUGCAUUCAUUGGAGGAAUUGCAGAAGAAGCAGUCUGAGAGGAAAUUCUAUUUUGACUCCAGCACCGGGUUGCUGUUUCUGUAUCUUAAAGCCCAAAGCCACAGGGAUGGUCACAGUUACUGUUCAUCUCAGGGAUGCGAACGAGUCAAGAUCCAGGCAGCAACAGACUCAAAAGACAUCAGUAACUGCAUGGCCAAAGCGUAUCCCCAGUAUUACAGAAAGCCAUCAGCCCUCAGGUCGAUGCCAUCCAUGCUCAAGGGACUCUGUCAAGGCUGUGGAACCCGUCAGGCGGUGUUUACAAGUGAUCCUCAUACAAACUACCUCCCUGUGCAGUUCCGGUCACCCAGUCAAGCAGAGACUCAGCGUGGAGACGUGUCUGUUAUUUCUAUCAACGGCACCGACUUUCCCUUCCGAAGUGUGGGCAUCCUCCUCCUGGUUGUGGAUGCCUGCAGUGUUCCCUUCCGGUUGACAGAAAAAAAGGUUUUCUCUUUCACUGAUGUCAGUCGCAUGGAAGAAUAUUUAAAAACAAGCAUCCCUCCAAGGUCAGUUGUUCUGUUGAGCACAAGGGGACAGAUAAAGCAGUUGAAUAUUUCGGAUUCAUUAGUACCUCUGGGAUUAGCCAAGCCAGCCAAUCUUUAUAAUAAAGGUUUUACCAUAUUUUUGGGAUUCAAUGGAAGCUUUAAACCAUCAUGGACUAAGCUGUAUACCAGCCCUGCUAGACAGGGCCUCGGGCUGCUUGAACAAUUCAUACCUUUGCAGCUGGACGAAUAUGGUUGUCACAGAGCUGGCACUAUCCGCCGAAGAGACCUGGAGCUGUUGAAGCAAACUUCAAAGGCACAUUAG